GGACGUAACGGAGACACAGCAUACGCAAGUGGGAGAGGGAGGAGAGUAUAGAGGUAUACGUAACUGAAACCUCAGUUGUAGCCUAUAAUACCUCCAUGGUGGUAGCAGCGAAAGGCGAGGAUCUAAAACCCAAGUACAGUAACAUCAAUAAGGAGAUCCGGACGGAACAAGAAGAGAGUAGCGUAUGGAUUUAAAACGCCAAAUGGUUGACUGACCCGUUUUCUUGAUACCGUGUUUUUUGGACCUACGCCUUUUACGUAGGAUAGGCUACGUUUGGCAAUACAUCGCCACAUUAUAUUUCAGAGACAACGCGGUAGUUGCUUGUGCAUUUAACAUUUAUGUUAAAAAAAAGGCCAUCCAUGCUCUUCGUCAACUAGCAUACUCGCACUCCUAAUGCAAUGACGAAUGCCCGGUGAGGUUUACGUUGGCUAAGCCGGUGGCCAGACAUCAGUGGAAUAGGUAGCAUAGCUGUUUCUGAACCGACAUCCUGUGACGAUGUGUUCACAUGUACCAGUUUCGUGAUAACUGGGAAGUUCUACCCUGACUGUACCAAGAGCGGCGUAGCCUACUUAAGUGGAUAACCACCAUUAAACACGAAUAAAAUAAUUCAGCGGUCUGGCACACAGAGAUAAUGUCUUCCAGGGAGCAUCGUACCGACCUCUACAUCAAGGCUGAGCCCAGCAGUCCGGAGGGAGGGGGGGGGGGGCGCAACAGCCCCGGGGGGGCGUCCUCCGACUCCUCCCAGAGCGGCGGCGGCGGGACCAGGGGCGACGGAGUGGGCCGCUACUCCCCGCCCCUCUACACGCCCGCCAUGCGCUGCCACUUCAAGGAGGAGGGCGGGGACGCGGUGGAGGAGGGGUCUACCGGCAGCGGGGGCGGGCGCUGCAAGUACGCCCUGAGCACGCUGCCCAAGAGGCUGUGUCUGGUGUGCGGAGACGUGGCCUCAGGGUAUCACUACGGAGUGGCCUCCUGCGAGGCCUGCAAGGCCUUCUUCAAGAGAACCAUACAGGGUAACAUUGAGUACAGCUGUCCUGCGUCCAACGAGUGUGAGAUCACCAAGAGACGUCGGAAGGCCUGUCAGGCGUGCCGUUUCACCAAGUGCCUCAAAGUAGGCAUGCUGAAAGAGGGAGUUCGUCUGGACCGGGUGAGAGGCGGAAGGCAGAAGUAUAAAAGGCGGCCGGAGGUGGAAAAUGCCACUUACCAGAGCGCCCCUCUCCCGCUCAGAAAGGAGGGGGACAAAGGCUCGUCCAACAUCAUCGUGUCCCACCUCCUGGUGGCCGAGCCUGAGAAGCUGUUCGCUAUGCCCGACCCCCUGCAGCCCGACACGGCCCAGCGCACACUCACCACCCUCUGUGACCUGGCCGACCGUGAGCUGGUGGUCAUCAUCGGCUGGGCCAAACACAUCCCCGGCUUCCUGUCCCUGUCCCUGGCAGACCAGAUGUCGGUGCUGCAGUCUGUCUGGCUGGAGGUGCUGGUGCUGGGGGUGGCCUUCCGCUCCCUGAACUGUGAGGACGAGGUGGUGUUUGCGGAGGACUUUGUCCUGGACGAGGAGAUGUCUCGCGUGGCGGGCCUGACGGAGCUAAACGCUGCCAUCAGUCAGCUGGCCCGCCGCUUCCGUGCCCUGCAGCUGGACCGCGAGGAGUUUGUCAUGCUCAAAGCCAUCGCGCUCACCAACUCGGACUCUGUGUACAUCGAGGACAUGGAGGCGGUUCAGAAACUGCGGGACCUGCUCCAUCAGGCCCUGCUGGAGCAGGAGUGCCAGCGCCACUCCGAGGACCCCCAGCGGGCGGGGCGUCUCCUCCUCACCCUGCCCCUCCUGCGGCAGACCGCCGGCCGCGCCCUCACCACCUUCUACAGCAUCAAGACUCGCGGGGGCGUGCCCAUGCACAAACUGUUUCUGGAGAUGCUGGAGGCCAUGAUGGACUCUCCGUAGGGGCUGAGGUCGGAGUGGGAACGAUCGGAGGAUGUGAGGGCUUGAUGACGUGGGUGUUCACAAAUGGUAGACGAGUGUCUGGUGUGAAUGGGAGAAGUUUUACUAGAAUUUGACGCUUUCGUGAGGAUAAUCUUUGGAUUAAAAAAAACUAAAAAACAUUUGGCACAAGAGAUUCACAAAGUGUGUGAGAUGGGGAACCUCGUGGACGUGUAUAUAUGCUCCUUUAUUGGGGUUAACGGUGGAAUUAAAACACGACUGCCAAAUUUCAAAGAAAGGCUCAGACAAUUUAAAUGUGGGUAGAUGCGAGAAGGAGGCAUUCAAUACGAUUGAAUGUUUGAAUCAUAUUUAUAAUAUCGCUAUGGUCUGUUCUGUGGCAGCCUCGACAUGCAGGUGUAAUGACUGAUGGACUACAUUCAUAUAUCAUUUAGACCACACUGGAACCACAUGUCUUUGACCUUUCUGCAAACGAUGCAAUAGCGCCCUUCUCUAAAAAGCCAUACUGAAACAUCUGGCAAAUGUCCAUUGACAACAGCAGCGGUAUAGAUUCAGAUUCACAAGCUUGAGUAGUUGUACUUCCUAAACCCUAAACUGCAAAUACAGGUACUGUUUUUCAUAAGAAUUACUUGCAAUAUAUUAAAAGCAAUAUAAUACUUAAGUUACAAUGAAUUAACUGACACACUCAAAAUGUGGAUGACGAAAGACAACCAGAUGUGUGUAAACAGUGGGGUGGCUGUGGAGAAUUGAUUUAUAAAAGGCUGUGCAAUUGAUUGUUAGUCCAAGAAAAGGGAAACGCCAUCAUGAUAACUAAGCAAACGCUGUAGUGUGUCCGUGCAUCUUAUUUAUACGGUACGUCGAUCCGACGGGUACGCCAGAAGCUGAAUUGUGUGUCCAUGUGUGUUGGGUUGAAUGUGCUCUAAAUGUGUGCAGCUUAGAUGUCUACAUACUAAACCAACAAAGGCGCAUCAAGAUCAAUGAAAGGGCAGCUCUGCUCGUCAAAGGCCAGCCUGGCUACGUGAUUGGAGGAGAUGGGCUGAGGCAGGAACUGAAGGACUUCCUGACUGUGGUCUGAUUGGCUGCUUGAGCCUCCUCCUCCCCUUUGCUUGUUCUCACUUACCACACACGAUUCGGAUGGAACAUGGUUUGAAUAUAUUUCUCAUUGGACACAGGCUCUUCUGUGGAACAUUAACUAUGGAUGUCUGCAGUUCUCUGGUCUUCUUGCAGUCUGUUGAAGGACCUCUAUUGUUUUGACCAGGUGCUUUUCACAUUGUGUAUAACAUUUAGGCUGCAAGUGUCCUGGUGCCCUUUACGGGCAAAGAGCAACUUGAAAUGCAACAGGUUCAGCCUGGGAUAGCCACCGGCAGUCCUGCCUCAUCCAGACCACCCUGUUCCUCCAUCGUUUGCUCCUGUGUUUACAUGCUUGGCAGACAUCUUAGGGAUGUAUUUGAUGUAAGCAAUAAUGUCAAAGUGUGUAUGUGGAGAGGGAGUUAAAAGCAUAAUUCCCUUGUCUCUGAGGCACAUGCUGAAUUAGAUUGACUUUUUUUAAAGACCUUCCUAAAAAUAUUAUUCAUCCAUAUAGAACGCUGUGAUACUGUAAUGGGUAACAAUGCUCUAUUAUGAUUGUAGGCCCUCACUGUUGAAAGUUAAACUUAUUUCUAAGAUUGACGGCUAAACCCAGCAAAUGUGACAAAUUCCCAGAAAUAAAUAAUUUGAUUGAUUACGUAACACAGGCUAACGUGCUGCACAGUUUUUUGCAUAUUGUCUUCUGGGUUUUUAUGAUAUUAACAGAUUUGGACAGUUACUCUUGGCCUCAGGUUUGGGAUUUGAAUGAAGCAAUUAAUUGACAGUUAUGUGAAAGCAAUUAUUUUAAAUUGAAAUAAAUGUCAUUCUUGUUUCCUCUUUGAAGUUUAUUAAACAUAUAUUAAACAGUUUCCCAGCAAAGAAAGGCAAUGUUUCAGCCUUGACUAGAUGGUUAAAGCUGCAAAUGUUGAUAUUUCAAGUCCCAGUAUUUCUGCUCAACAACUCAUGAUUCUUCAUGAUUGUAGAUAUGCACACAACAGCAUUUGUGUUUUAUUUUCCACAACACUAAUUAACAGCUGGUGUAAUUCUGUGUUUUCCUGUCCGAUUUUUAUUUUAUUUUUUAUUAUUGUUAAUUUGAUUUCUAAAAGACAAACUAAGAAUUUUGAAUAACGUUUAAGCAAACAUGGAUGCCUGGGUCCAGCUUAACAAAGUGAUUAAAAAAAAGAUGUUAGUUUCAACAAUAACUAAUGUAGUAACACAAAUUUAGAGUGUUCUGAAACACUACUUUGUAAAUUAUAGGUACGGUUGGGGUUAGGGUGGAGGAAGGGGGAAGGUUUAGACCUUCCCAAUAGAGAAUUUAAAGUCAUUGGUAGUUAUUAGUGUAUGUAUGUGUGUGUGCGUGUGUGUGUGUACAUUGAUGUAAAUGAGCAAUACAAGAAAUUACCAAAACUCUGUUUUCACAUUUCCUUGUAUAGUCACAUAGUGUAAAUUAAACAUAAACAGUAAUGGUGGAUUAAUAAUAGCAGUACUAAAGCUUAUGAAAAUGUUUAAAUCAAUAUUUGUAUUUUAAAAAUACUGUAUUUAAAAGAUUAAAUUCUAUUUUUUACUCAAUUUACUGUUGUUUGUUGAUACUUGGUUUGUUUUAUGUCUGUUAAAAAAGUCUAAUGGUUGUAAAUGUCUGUACUAUUUUAAGUUGAGGUAAAAUUAUUUUAUGUCGUUGUCUAAACACAUGUUCAGAUUAAAUCACUGUGAAGAAAAGAUAAGCGCUACACUGCAGGAAACAAAACGUAGAUGAACAUAUUGUAGGUGCUUUGUGUUUUGUAAUAAAUUAACACACCAUCAGGUCACUGGU